AUGGCAAGUUCCGGUGCUCAGAAAAAGGUCCUUUUACUAUGCGGAGAUUACGUUGAAGACUAUGAGGUUAUGGUUCCGUUUCAAGCUUUACAGGCAUAUGGAGUUGCAGUUGAUGCAGUUUGCCCCGGGAAAAAAGCCGGUGACGUUUGCCGCACUGCUAUUCACGACUCUUGCGGUCACCAGACUUAUUCUGAGUCCCGUGGUCACAAUUUUGCUCUCAAUGCGACGUUUGACGAAAUAGAGGCCAGCAAAUAUGAUGGUUUGAUCAUCCCUGGAGGACGUGCUCCCGAAUAUCUUGCCAUGGAUGAAUCUGUCCUGCGCUUGGUUAAGGAAUUUUCAGACUCUAAGAAACCUAUAGCCUCUAUUUGCCAUGGUCAGUUGAUUUUGGCAGCUGCAGAUUCAGUAAAAGGUCGAAAAUGUACAGCCUAUCCUGCCGUGAAGCCUGUUCUAGUAGCUGCAGGUGCCCAUUGGGUGGAACCAGAGACCAUGGCCUCAUGUACAACUGAUGGUAAUCUUAUAACGGGAGCUACAUACGAAGGGCAUCCUGAUUUUAUUAACCUUUUUAUCAAGUCACUAGGAGGAAGCAUAAGUGGUUCUGGUAAACGAAUAUUGUUUCUUUGCGGGGAUUACAUGGAGGACUACGAAGUUAUGGUUCCUUUUCAGUCCCUCCAAGCUCUUGAAUGCCAUGUCGAUGCUGUAUGCCCGAACAAAGGUGCUGGUGAUACAUGUGCCACAGCUGUCCAUGACUUCGAGGGUGAUCAAACUUAUAGUGAGAAGCCAGGCCAUAAUUUUACCCUGACUGCUAAUUUUGAAGGCAUAGAUGCUUCAAGCUAUGAUGCUCUUGUGAUCCCUGGGGGGCGAGCUCCAGAAUAUUUGGCACUGAAUGAGAGUGUUAUACAGAUAGUGAAGCACUUCAUGGAGGCUAAAAAACCAGUGGCAUCCAUUUGCCAUGGACAACAGAUCUUGGCUGCUGCCGGAGUUCUUACGGUAGGAAAGAAAUGUACUGCAUACCCUGCAGUGAAACUUAACGUGGUUCUAUCCGGUGCAACUUGGUUAGAACCUGAACCAAUACACCGUUGCUUCACAGAUGGAAAUCUGGUUACUGGAGCAGCAUGGCCAGGUCAUCCUGAGUUUGUUUCACAACUUAUGGCACUGCUCGGCGUACGAGUAUCUUUCUAG